AUGACUGACCAAGAGGCAGCAGCGCCGCCACCCAACAACGUAUUGCCCGAUCUGCAGCACCCAACAGACAUUUUGCACACCAUCAACUUCGUUUCACAGCUUCUGGCAAUUGUGUUGGUCAGUUUCUUUAUGGUCUUGCGUUUGUACGUAAAGAUCUUCAUUGCACCACCGUACUACACUGAUGACUGUGAGUCCUAUAUGUCUCUAAGUAUCCUAUCUCUUGGUUACAACGCUGCUGCACUUGUUGAUGGCUACUUUGGCGGCGGUUUUCACAUCUUUGAAAUUUCGAAGGAAAACUUUAAAGGAUACAAAAAGCUCGCUCUUCUCUGGAUCAUAAUCAGAGUCUUCAGACCGCACAAGAGGACGAUGAUCGGGGCAAUUGUUGUCAUCACGUUCCUUACUGGAUAUACCAUUCCAAUCGUAUUUAUCAAGGCGCUCAUAUGCCGGCCUGUCGCUGGCUUUUGGGAUCCUGCAAUCAAAGCAACCUGCUACAAUCAGCGCGCCAUCUAUGCAGCCGACACCGCUGUCAGCGCCAUUACUGAUAUGGCUGUCCUACUCUUACCAAUACCUGUUGUUAUGAAUCUUCAGAUGUCGUGGAACAAGAGGUUUAAGGUUAUAGCCAUGCUAGGCUCUGGAGGUCUCGCUGCGGCAGCAAGCCUUGUACGAGCUAUUCUUGUGAUCAAACUACAGACUUCGCAAGAUGAGUCGGUAGAUAUCGUCCGGUUCAACCUUCUCGGAACAGCAGAAGUGAGCAUAGGAUUAAUAUGUGCAUGCCUUCCAGCCACUCAUGCUCUCAUUCUGCGAAGCUUUGGCUCUUCGUCACCUAAAAUUCAGCAUAACAUCUGGAGUAGCAGAAUAAUUGAGAUGAGAUUUCUCAGAGGCAACAGGCAUAGCAUUCAGGGCAUGACUACCGCGGAAGUCGCGCCCGUGGCUGCGUUUGGGGAUAUUCCUUCGGUUCCAGCCCAGCAGGAAAGAAGAGGCUGCAUUUUUCCUUUCGAAAGAGUCAGUCGCCCUUCUCCAACUUCGCAAAAAGCUGCGUGUAGGGAAGUGCUACCAGAUGAGUGGGAUGAGUGGUACUCACAAGUAGUCGCUUCACCAUUUUCAGAACCUGGGGCUCCAGACUGGAUUCAAAAAGCAGUUGACUUAUAGGUUCAUAUCGCAAU